UAAUGUCUGUGCUGCGAGGAGCAAGUUUAACACUGGCAUUACUGUCAAGUUAGACUUGUUUCACUGCAUGCGGCGUUUUACCAGGGAGUGUGUCUCUGAGCACCAUCCUCUGUACAGCUCCUUUUGCCAGUUCCUCUCUGCAGCUUUCAUCGUUGUGGACCAGGAGGAUCUUCAACGGCUGAAGGAGGCGUACACGUUCUGCAGAAUCUCUCCUGCUAACCCCACCAAGCAGCACAUCAGAGAGCACUGCAGGACGAAGGUGCCACAGCCCCGAGAGCUGCUGCAGAGGGUUGAAGACGUCCUUCAACACUUCUUCCUGGCAAAGGAUCCCAACGAUGUGCUCCUCUUCAAAGCCUCCAUGCUGAAAGUGUGGAGGAUUCAGCGGAUCCACAUCCUCAGAGGCUGCCUGAGUGAUCCAGAGGCUGGGGAGGGAAUCCUUUACAGGUAUGGUGGCACUCUGCAGCUCAACUACACCAAGGGCGAGGGAGCUGCUGUACCUGUUUGGAUCCCCGUAAGAGGCACGUCUCAGCAGGAGGGGUUCCACUUUCACCAGGCACAGUGGGUGACAGGCAACCGGGUGUCCAGUGAGCUGUUUCAGGCCCAAGCCAUGACGGGAGUGGCGCGCUGGAACUUCCAGAGGCUGGUGGACCUGAAACUACCCGGUGUGGAGCUCCCUGCUGUGUUCGACCCUCUGUUACUUGCCCAGCUGAACACAGCAUCUUUGCAGGUGACAGGGAGGGCGAAAUACCCAGUCCUCCAGGUGACCUCCAGGGACACAGGGGAGAGGUUUGGGCUGCGCUAUGUGGAGCCAGGCUGCCGUCCUGUUGUUCUGAGCUUUGACAAGGAGCCUCAGAACAUUUUAGCUCCGGUAGCCGUGGAGCCGCCGCCGCAGCAGCAGCAGCAGCAGCAGCAGCAGCAGCAGCAGCAGCAGCAGCAGCAGCAGCAGACUUCUUCCCAGGAUGAAGUGCAUCCCUCCUCUGCUGCUGAAGCCUCCACAGAGUCUCAGGAAACCAGUAGCACCGUGCAGGAGGAUCCAGUGGGAGCUGUGCCGGUCCUGUCAUCUCAGCUGAGCUCUGGCGCAGUGUCCCACACCCUGCCUUCACCCUCGUCUGCCUCAGUCAAAGCAGAAACACUGGCUUUGAUGGACACAGGCUUGCCGUUGCUACCCGUUUCCUCCUCUCCUCGGGCCACCCGCACUGGUCCCAUCAAGACAGGUGGUCUGGUUCAGGUCCUGGACCACAGCCGGUGGACAGGGCCCAUGAGAGCGGCCAUCGAUGAGCUCCUGAUAAAGCACCACGGGGAAAAAGGCCUGUUGAAGCAGGUGGAUGCAGACUAUGCUGCCAUGGUGCACAGGGCAUGCACUGACCCCAACAGCCUUCUGCAUCCUACCACCUGCCAGCAUAUCUCGAGAUAUGUGAAGCAUCUGGCCAAACUAAAAAACACCAGCUCCUCUCUCAACACCAGCCCAGAGAAAGUCCUGGAGACUCAGAGGCUGUGGCAGAGUUUGACCUCUGGCAGCCAAACAGUCAGUGUUCCUGUCACAAUCCUUCCUCCAGCUACUCUCAAUCCUCCACCUGUGACUUCCCCACAGGAGGAGUCAAUGAGCCGGGCUGCAGUGGAGAAGAUAGUGACAGAGAUUCUGGACAAGCAGCAGCAGCAUCAACAACAACAACAACAACAACAACAACAACAACAACAACAACAGCAGCAGAAGAAGAAGUUUACCAGGAACUGUUUGGCAUGUGGUCAGCCAAAGUCCAGAUAUCUUGGCGAUGGCUCUUCAGUCCACUUCUUCUAUCAAGGCAGCAAUGUGAAAUAUUUCUAUUGCUCCACAAAGGUCUAUAUGACCUACAGGGAUCAGGGCCUUAACAAUCCCAGAAUGCCUUUUGAGGACUUUGCUGCCUCUCCAUUUUUUCAGCGGGAGUUGGAGGCUGCCAAACAGAGGGGGGCAGAAUGGAAGAAGGUGACAGAGGAGAGGGCAAAGAGGAAGGCUGCAGUGCAGCUGCCAGUGGGUCGCCUGUGCAGGGCCUGUCACCAGCCAUUAAAGCAGGGUCCAGACAGCCCUCAUGUACAUACAUACUUCCCGGGGGUGCCAGGGAAGUACAUCUACUGCCCCUCCAAAGUUUUCUCCUUGUACAAGGCACAGGGUAUGGUCAAGGAGAUGAACUGGACAGAGUUUCAGCAGUCUGGCUUUUUUGACGCUGAAAAGAACAGAUGGCUCACAGAAAAGCCAAAGUGA